AUGACUAAGGAUUUCUGGCAUGCCGAAGAGUACAUGAUAUUCAUUGAAUUCUUAAAGACUUAUGAUAGUGUUUUAAGAGAUCCAAGGGGUGGGAAGUUGCAAAAUGUGGUGAUUUUAUUUAAUACCUAUAGUGACCAGCCCCCAUUGACUUUAGAACAGUUUGAACUCUACUUGGAUGGUUUUAAUAGUAUUAGUGAUAAUGCUAUUGAAUUCAAAAAAGAUGUUUGGGGUCAGAGAAUACAUUUCGUUGAUACUGAUAAGUUAGAAUUGGUGAAAGCUAGAGUUUCAGGAGUGGCCACCAAAUGGACAGUUAAAAAAGUUGAACUUGAAGACAAUUUGAGUAACCUUAUUGAGUUUUUGGAUACCGAAGACAAUAGCUAUGAGGAAAUCAUCAAUUUGAUUAACCAACCAACAGCUAAGAUUGUUUUAUCCAAGACCAGAAGUAAAUUAAUGGUCCCUCAACCAUUCUUUGAAGUUUGUACGGAUCCCCAACAUUGUAAGGUUUUAAGUAGAGUCUGUUUGUCAAGAACAGAAAUCAGUAGUAAUAAUCCCAAGCAGAUUUUUCCUUCUAUUGAUGAAUGUUAUAUUUCUAUAGAUAACAAUCGUCAUUUAUUUUCGAAAGGAAUCUAUGGAUGUUCUAAGUCAAAGAUUCAUCAUCUUCCUAUCAUCAAUACGCAUACGGAAUUAAAUCUUGGAGAUUGUUCAUACUUAGAUACUUGUCAUAAAAUGAAGAGUUGUAGAUAUUUGCAUUAUUUCACUUUAUCGCCAUCAAUAACUCCAAUUGACAGAGCUGAAGAACUUCAAAAGGUUAGGAAAGCUUUAUAUGAACAGGAAUUUACUUUGGGAUACUGUUUUAGUGAGUUUUGUAAGGAGAUUCUUCCACCACAAUGGAUCAAUUGUGAUGUUAGGAAAUUACCAUUCAAGGUCUUGGGGAAGUUUUCGGCUAUAGUUUCAGAUCCAGCAUGGGAUAUUCAUAUGUCAUUACCUUAUGGUACAUGCAGUGAUGCUGAAUUAAUGGAAUUGCCUAUGCAUGAAUUACAAGAUGAAGGGAUUAUGUUACUAUGGGUUACAGGAAGAUCAAUUGAAAUCGGCAGAAAAGCUCUUAGAAAAUGGGGAUACACGAUUAAAGAUGAAGUGAUUUGGAUCAAAUUAAAUCAAUUGAAAAGAACAAUCGUUACCGGUAGAACAGGUCAUUGGUUGAAUCAUUCCAAAGAGCAUUUAUUAGUAGGGUUAAAAGGUAAUCCAUCAUGGAUUAAUAACAUGAUAGAUAUUAAUACUAUUGUUAGUAACACUAGAGAAACUUCCCGAAAACCUGAUGAAGUUUAUGAUAUGGUUGAAAGAAUAGUUGGAGUCCAUGCUAGGAAAUUAGAGAUCUUUGGACGUGAUCAUAAUAUCCGUCCAGGAUGGAUGACUAUUGGAAAUCAAGUGACUGGAACAUCAAUCGUAGAGGAAGAAGUAUUAUAUAAAUAUCAUGAAAUAAAUAACAUAAACUAA